AUGAGGGGAAGAUCUCCUAUGAUCGCUCAAGUCGAUGAUGUGUCGCUCGGAAGACAUGAAAAUUCGAGGAUUCUCAAUGAUGUGUCUGAUAGCAAGGCAAUGGACCAAGACGCCUCACAAGGGUCCCCGACCUCCUCGUCUCGCCGGGUUCCCUGGAGACCUCGAACGGCCGGCAGUCCAUCGCCCUCCUUGCGAGGAGUCUCUCCUCUCCGGGGGUCUGUGGGAGUGAACGGAAGCAACAGGCGAGAAGUGUACCUAGAGACACAGAACUUGAGCAAGCUAGCAGGGGAGAGAAGGGAGAUUUGUACCCUCUCCAAGGUCCAUGACUCGCUGACCAAGAAGCUGAGGGCGACAGAGGAACAGUACGAGGCGUGCAAGACGGACCUGCGGCAGACUAGAGCAUGCCUGGACAAGAUGGAGCGGGAGAACAUGGACCUGAGCCGUCGGCUGGAGGAAAGCGCUAUGGAGCGACACAGGCUGCAGCAGAAGGCCAAAGAGUCUUCCGAGCUGGCGGAGAAGCUAGAGUGCAAGCUCAAGGUGGUGAUCAAUCAGCGGGGGCAUGCGGUGAUAGAGAAGGAGGCGAAGGCGGCAGAGACAAUGAGGAGGAUGAAGGAGGAGAAGGAGAAGCUGGAGGAGCUGGUGGAGAGGCUGAAGGAGGACAAGGGGAAGCUGCAUUCGGAGCUCAAGUGUAUGAACGAGCUCAUCACGCUCAAGGAGGAAGACUUCGGUCUGACCCUGUCGGGGAGCCCGAAGAGGAACAGAGUCUCUGUGCUGCUGCUGGUGUCGACGCUGAGGGACGACCGAGAUCGGCUGAUGCAGGAGAGGAAGAAGCUGGAGGAGGAGGGGAGGGAGAUGAGGGAGCGGCUGGAGGAGGCUGAGAUGGAGGGGAGGAGACUGAGGGAGGUGGUGUCGGACCUGAAGGUGAACAACAACAUCCUGAGGGAGGAGAUCGGGAGGGAGAGGGAGGCGAAGGAGACGCUGGUGAGCGAGAAGCGGCUGAUGCUGCAGUACAUCGAGGAGGAGAUGCAGAACGUGGAGGAGAUGAAGAGAAAGGUACAGGCGUACGAGGCAGAGAACGAGAAGCUGGUGGAGGAGCUCAAGGCCAGCAAGCAGGAGAGGAGCUCCACCGACCACAAGGUGCGGAGCAUGGGCGAGAAGCUGAGGAGCGAGAGCAGGGAGAACUCCGACAGGAUCCAGCAGCUCCUGACGCAGAAGGAGGAGCUGGAGGAGACGCUGGCAGAGCAGUACCAGCGUGCUGAGCAUGCGGAGCGGCAGGUGCGGUGGAGUGAGGAGAAGGUGGAGGAGCUCAGGAAGGAAGUCGAUCACCUCCACGGCGACCUCGACCAGUUGACGGAGAGGAACAGCAACUUGUCCAACGAGCUAGUGGACCUCCAGGUCUCUCGUUGA